AUGUGCUCUAAAUACAGGAGUCGCAGCCAGAGGAGCAGCAGGCGGCGUUUGUUUACACGUGUGGGCUGGUGGGAGAAUGGUCACCUGCGUCUGAGGUACCACCCCUGGUCUCGUUAUGGUUCGUUCCUCAAACCUCUGGACGACGCGCAGCACCUGCGUGUGGUGACUCUGGAGGAGAGACCCUUUGUCAUCGUGGAACCAGCUGACCCAGGAACCAGCUCCUGCAUCAGGGACUCUGUGCCCUGCCGUAUGCCCCUCAACUCCAGCUCCCUGGUGUUGGAGGGCACUGUUCCCAUGAAGCAUUGCUGUAAAGGCUUCUGCAUCGACGUCCUCAAGCGCCUCGCCAAAAUUGUGGGCUUCACCUAUGACCUUUACCUCGUCACCAACGGGCGCCACGGCAAAAAUAUUGACGGGGAGUGGAACGGCAUGGUGGGGGAGGUGGUGUCUAACAGGGCAGACAUGGCCAUCGGGUCCUUGACCAUAAACGAGGAGCGCUCUGAGGUGGUGGAGUUCUCUGUUCCCUUCGUGGAGACGGGCAUCAGCGUCAUGGUGUCACGCAGUAACGGGACCGUGUCGCCCUCUGCUUUUCUGGAGCCGUACAGUCCUGCCGUGUGGGUCAUGAUGUUCGUCAUGUGUUUGUCCGUCGUCGCAGUAACCGUCUUCAUCUUUGAGUUCUUCAGCCCAGUGGGAUACAACCGCAGCCUCCAGAGCGCCAAAAAGUCUGGAGGGUCCAAAUUCACCAUUGGGAAGUCUGUGUGGCUCCUGUGGGCUUUGGUCUUCAACAACUCUGUGCCUGUGGAGAACCCACGAGGAACCACCAGCAAAAUCAUGGUUCUGGUCUGGGCCUUCUUCGCUGUGAUCUUUCUGGCCUCAUACACUGCAAACCUGGCUGCCUUCAUGAUCCAGGAGGAGUACAUUGACACAGUGUCCGGACUCUCCGAUAAAAAGUUCCAGCACCCCACAGAGCAGUAUCCACCUCUGCGUUUCGGGACGGUCCCCAACGGCAGCACAGAGGAGAACAUCCGCUCCAACUAUCCCAACAUGCACCAGUACAUGAUCCGCAACAACCAGCGAGGAGUGGAGGACGCCAUCGACAACCUCAAGACCGGGAAACUGGACGCUUUCAUUUACGACGCGGCGGUGUUGAACUACAUGGCCCGGAAGGACGAGGGCUGUAAGGUGAUGACCAUCGGUUCGGGGAAAGUCUUUGCGACCACAGGAUACGGAAUCGCGCUGCACAAAAACUCCAGAUGGAAGAGACCCCUGGACCUGGCCCUGCUGCAGCUGGUUGGAGAUGAUGAGAUCGACAUGCUGGAGCGACUGUGGCUGUCUGGGAUCUGCCACAAUGAUAAGAUCGAGGUGAUGAGCAGUAAGUUGGACAUAGACAACAUGGCGGGGGUCUUCUACAUGCUGCUGGUUGCCAUGGGGCUCAGUUUGCUGGUGUUCGCCUGGGAACAUCUGGUUUACUGGAAACUCAGGCACUGCGUCCGCAAGUCUGGAGGGAUGGACUUUCUACUGGCGCUGAGCCGGGGGAUGUACAGUUGCUGCCAGUUCGAAGACGAGACCACCUCAGGCGGCACUCUCCCUCAGUACCACUCUGUCACCAGCAUGCCCAGUGUAUCGCAGCAGCAUCUGGUGACCGCUACCAUCAACAACACAACCGCCAUCGCCAUGGUCCAGCAACAGCCCCAACAGAAACUGCACCCACCUCCACAGCAGGGCCAAACCUACACCACCAUGCUCCCAGGAUCUCCUCCCACCACCGGACACUCUGCCAUGGCCUUGGGACCCUCCAACAGCCCACUACUAGAAGGACCUAUGCCUUGUUCCACUUUCUUACCUCGGCACGACCGGCGACUUGCUGUGGUGGAUCGCUGGAACAGGCCAAAACCAGAGAAAGUUCUGAGCGCAAGCAGCAGUAGCGGUGGGAUUGGCAUUGGGGGAAUUGCUGGCGGAAUAACGGAAAUUCCAUCUCAAACGCAGUACCAGCAGAACAUUGGACAGCAUUGGAGUCUGCAAGGUGGUGUGCCAACGGCGACAGGGGUGGAUACUGGGUUAGAGGAGUAUAAAAGGUACUAUGGACCUAUUGACCCAGAGUUGGGGGCAAAUUCAGAGCAACAGAAAGAGAAAUCAGCGGCAAAUCCGCGUGGAGUGAAGCCGUCUGGGAUGAUAAGGCCAAGUAAAAGUUCUCAGCAAGCUCUAGGACUUCUAAUACCAAAACCACCGCCGCCUUUGCCAUCGUCUCCACGCAGGCCUCCAUUUUGGCGACGUGGAAGUCUUUCGCAAGCCAGGAGGAAGAGCUCGGGUGGUCCGCUGUAUGAGAAUAUAUUACCACUGGGUAGAAGAGGUGGUGCGAGGUAUGGUCCCAAUGAGGGCAGACGAAGCAGAAGGCCUCCACCUCCUCCGCCUUUGCCUGUACCUCUAUCAUCGCCAACGCAUACACCAACCACCCCGUCAUCGCCUUGUCGAUUCUACUCCACCUGCUCCAGUGCAUCCUCAUCUGAAUCCUCUGAGUCAUCAUCAUCCUCUUCCUCCUCGUCUGCCUCUGGCUCUAGAACAAACUCCCCUUCGUCUUGCUCCAGCGAAUCCUCCUACAACUCGUCCCUCAGUUUCCGCUACAGGGCUGGCGAUUUCAUAGUGGACGACGAUUCGGAUUUGCUGACCGAGGAGUCCAGCCUUUUGCUCGGGUCGCGGCGGAAGACACGAUCACGACGAAUGUCUUCAAGAUCGUUACCAUGCAGCCCGCCUCCUCCGCCGGUGCCUCCGCGAAAGCCCCGCCUCCAAAGAGAUUAUGUCAGGGAGCGUACCAGCAGCCAGCUCGCACAGUUGCAAGAAUGGUGGGCCUCUUGGGCGGACAGGGAAAGAGGUAGAAGGGAAUCAACGACUGCAAGGCCAGGUGAAGGCGGUGCCGGUCUUAGAGUUGACAAGAGGCAGCACAAGGAGAGGGAAAGAGAGAGAAAGCGACGGAAGAAGGGGCGUAAGAAAAAGAAACGAGAGGAGAGGGAGCGAGAGAGGGAGCGAAAGAGGCGCAAAACUAAGAAAAAGCGGAAAAAAGAUGAUAAAACUCGGAAUAGAGAACGCAAGAGAUCAGAGCAAGAUGGGGGAGAGGGUGAGAAGAGAGAAGAGGUAAAAACGGCUACUCCUGAAUUCACCUCGUACCCAGCGUUGAGGCGCGAGUCGUACAGGAAAAAAAGCGAGAGUUCUAUUCGAAGCUACGGAUGGAAUAUACCACCGGCAAAUGAGGACAGGAAAGAGGAAAAGAUCAGGGACGAAGGUGAAGAGAGUCAAAAGGAUAGACAUCUGAGGAGGAGGAAUAGCAAGGCUUUCCAGAGUUCAAGCAGCAAGCCGUCAACAUCAGUGAAAUUCUGGGGAGGAGGAAACCAAACCUCUGAUUCCAUUCCGUCUGCCUUUCUGCCGCUGUUGCCAGUUUCCUCAAAAAGGCGGAAAAGUAAAAGUUCAGAUAGGGAUGGAGCAGCAGUGGAGGGGGAGAGGCGACCCUUGCUUGAGAGGACUGAUAGAGCAGAUGUGCAUACGAAAGAAGGGUUGUCGUUUCAUGAAUGGGAGUCGGACGUGGAAGAGGAUUCUGAUCAGGAGAGACAAAAAGGAGAUAGAGGCAAGAGGCGAGCAGGCGGGAGAUCGAUCUCAGAUAAGGAGAGAGAUAAAGUAAUCGGGAUAUACUCAGACGACGAUGGGUCUUCUGGAGAGUUUGGGAAGUUUGAGAGGUAUUGGGAGGACCACGAAGGGAGAUCAGUGGGUGGGAUAGGAGGGGGAGGCUGGUUCUUCAGUACGUAUCCAUCCAGAGAGAAAGUUGGAAGUGUUGAGAGUCGAGAUGAUCUGUUCUUGGAGAGAGGGGAUAGAUGGGGCACAGCUGAGAGCGGGUGGGGGACGGGAGGUGGGGAUGGAGGCGAGAGAGGCUGGGGUUCGGGUUCGCAAUGGGCGCCUACACCUCUAACUCCUCCUCCUCCACGAAGAUACUGGUCCGUGGAUAAACUGCACAUACAGGACGAGAAGAAGAGCAAGAGGAAGCUUAAGGACAAGAGCAGAGGGCACGCAGCUUGCAGCUCCUACCAGUCCCCGCGACGUCAUCCUCACUCCGCCAAAUGGUCCCGCGCCAUGUCCCGAAGCCAGGAGGAGCUGUACCACCACUGCCAGAGCUUUGGCGGAGGUCCCCGGAAGCUCAAACAUGACUCUUCUUUGUCAUCCAAGCCCGAUCGCUCGCAGAAUCUGAACAAAUCCGGCAGCCAGUCCAAUCUGAGCCUGCAACAGAGAGGCAGAUCAGACAGGGACAGAGACAGAGGCAGGCAGCAGUCACCCCCUUCUGGACUCUUAUCAAACCUACCACCUCCUGUCCCAGCCCUUCCUGCUCCUCCGUCCACGUCACAUCCAAUCCAUGCCCCUCCCACAUCCUCCUCCUCUGUCUCGUCCCCCUCUGUCGUCUCCUCCACUCCGGGCGCUCCUCCCUCCUCCUUGGCCUCAGCAAGUGCCAAACUGCAGUAUCAGAGACUACGCUCGGCCCCCCAGUCCCAGAGGUUUCCACAGUCUCCGCAUUUACCCUUAAAAGCCAAGAGCAUGUGCUCGCGCCGCGGAUCGGCUCACUUCUCCAGUGUGGAGAGUGAAGUCUGA